AUGCCUGGUGGUAAAGGAAAGUCUAUUGGAGGGAAGGGCGGUCCAAAGGAUGCGGCGGGGAAAACUCAAAAAUCUCACAGUGCAAGGGCUGGCUUACAUUUCCCUUGCGGUCGUGUCAAGCGCUUUUUGAAGAAUACCACGCAAAACAAGAUGCGCGUUGGUGCUAAAGCCGCCGUUUACGUCACCGCUGUUCUUGAAUAUCUUAUUGCUGAAGUUCUCGAACUCGCAGGUAACGCCGCCAAGGAUCUCAAAGUCAAGCGUAUCACACCCCGCCACCUUCAACUCGCGAUCCGUGGUGAUGAAGAGUUAGAUACCCUCAUCCGCGCCACAAUCGCGUUUGGAGGUGUCUUACCUCGUAUCAACCGGGCGCUGCUCCUCAAGGUCGAACAAAAGAAGAAGAACAAGACUACGGAAUAA